AUGGAAGGAAGUUUUACAGCUUUGACAUACUAUCUAAAGGUUGUAGGGCAGGCGGAAUCCCCCCCAAAACAGGCUGACCCUCCUCCAUCAGUGGCAGAUGGACAAUACUAGGAUGAACUCCUUCUUAGAGUAUGCAAUUUGUAACCGUGGGACGGGCGCCUACCACCACUUGGAGCAAAGCUCCCCAUCCUUCCCCCCUUGCUCAGGUAGCCCCGGCAGUGACACUUUCAGCGGGGACGGGCGCUUUGGCACGGGAGGGAGCGCGGCCGCGGCUGCCCACCUCCCCCAGGCCAGCCCCGGCUGCCGCCCUCCCUCCUCCGGGCGCUCCGGCCCCGUGUUGGGCGCUGCCCCCGCCGGGUUCCCGGCCCAGCACUGCGGCCCCAGCUACGGGCACCACCAGCUCUUCCCCGGGCAGCAGGACGCCGAGGGUGUCUACUUCCAGGCGGCCGGGUACUGCGCCAACGCCGGACCCAGCCUCAGCUCCCUCGCAGAGAGCUACUGCGGGGUUGUGCCGGCCCCAGGGCCGUACCAGCAGCAACACCUUUACGGGCAGGAGCAGCCCGGUUACUUGCCUGCCGUUUACAGCAACCUCUCGCCUGCUUUAAACGAGGACAAAGACCCUGCGUGUCCCUCCGAGCCAUGCCCCAACGCCAGCGCCACGCAGACCUUCGACUGGAUGAGGGUGAAGAGGAACCCACCCAAGACAGCUAAAGCGGCGGAGUACGGACUCCUGGGCCAGCCCAACACCAUCCGCACCAACUUCACCACCAAGCAGCUAACGGAGCUGGAGAAGGAGUUUCACUUCAACAAGUACCUCACCCGGGCGCGGAGGGUGGAGAUCGCAGCCACCCUGGAGCUCAACGAAACUCAGGUCAAGAUCUGGUUCCAGAACAGGCGGAUGAAGCAGAAGAAGAGAGAAAAGGAAGGUCUUGCCCCAGCCGCUGCCCCCAGGUCUGCGAAGGAGGCGGGUGAAGCCUCGGACCAGUCCACCUGCACCUCCCCCGAGGCCUCCCCCGGUUCCGUGUCCUCCUGA